AUGCGGCGCGUGCUAGUCGUCGCAGGCUCGGACAGCUCUGGCGGAGCUGGGCUAGAAGCCGACCAGAAGGUGAUCGCUGCACAUGGCUGCUAUGCCAUGACCGCAACAACGGCGUUGACAGCACAGAAUACGCAAGGUGUAUAUGGCAUCCAUGAGACGCCUCCCAGCUUCGUGCAGCAACAGAUCGAUGCAUGCCUUGAUGACAUUGGAGUCGAUGUUCUCAAGACAGGAAUGCUUGCUUCGGCCCAGACGGUCGCAGUGGUCGCCAAUGCAAUCCAACAACACAACAUACCCAUCACUGUAGUGGAUCCUGUCAUGGUCUCGACAAGUGGUGCUCAGCUCCUCCCCGAAAAGGCUGUCACGAAUAUGAUCACAGAACUGCUCCCAUUAACCACAGUCCUCACACCCAACAUUCCCGAAGCAACCCUCAUUCUCCGCAAAGCCGGUAAAGAGCCCUUCCCCAUCGACAACCUCGAAGGUCUCAAACGCCUCGCCGCAGAAGUCCAUACUCUCGGUCCCAAAUACGUCCUCCUCAAAGGUGGUCACUUCCCUCUCACAUAUGCCUACCAGACCGCAAACUCCGAACUCGACAAGAAGCUCGUCUGCAACAUCCUCUGUGGCGGAACCGAUAAAGUCAUGGACAUCAUCGAAUUCCCCUACCAAAAAACAAAACAUACGCAUGGAACGGGCUGUUCUCUCGCUUCUGCUCUGGCAUGCAAUCUCGCCCAAGGCCUCGAAAUGACUCCCGCCGUUGUCGCCGCUUGUCGAUAUAUCGACGCAGGAAUCAAAACCGCUUUCAAACUGGGCAACGCGAGUGGGUCGGGUCCCAUCAAUCAUUUCCAUUCGGUUCAAAUUUUGCCUUUUCCCCCUGGCGGGUUUGUGGAUUACCUGCUCGGAAGAAGUGAUGUCGUUGCGUGCUGGUACAAGUUCACCCAUCACGAAUUCGUCGAAAGACUGGGCGAGGGGACAUUGGAAGUGGAGCGAUUUCGACAUUAUAUGAUUCAAGAUUAUCUGUACUUGGUCCAUUUUGCGAGGGCCAAUGCCCUUGCCGCGUACAAGGCGAAAAAUAUGGAGGAGAUUGCGGCGAGUGCGGAGAUGGUGGGACAUAUUUCACAGGAAAUGCGCUUGCAUGUGCGAGAGUGUGAGGAAGGGUUUGGCUUGAAGGAGGAGGAUUUGAGAAAGAAGCAGGAAAGUUUGGCGUGCACGGCGUACACCAGGUUUGUGUUGGAUAUUGGCGCGAGUGAGGAUCUCUUGGCCCUGCAGAUUGCGCUCUUGCCGUGUUUGUUGGGGUAUGCCGAGAUUGCGAGGAGAUUGUUGAAGAAGCAGCAGCAGCAGCAACAGCAACAGCAGCCACCGCAACAACAAGCCCAACGGCAACAACAGCAACAGAAUGGAAAGUCGAAGAAAGGCCAUGGUUCCAAUCGUUAUCAGAGCUGGAUUGACAACUACGUUUCCGACGAUUACACUCGAGCUGUCAAGACUGGAUGUGAUCUCGUCGAAAAACACGCCCAUAAGCAGAGUCCCCAACGCAUCGAAGAAUUAACCAAGAUUUUCAUUCACGCCACAAGGGUAUAG